AAAGAAUACAUUUUUAGAGCUUGGAGUGUGUACCCGUUAGUUAAAAUACCGAGGAAGCCCACUAGCCUCUGUCGUCUCCACCUUCUUCUUCCCUACCCCUCCUCGCCGAGUCGCCGUCCCCUCGCUUUCAGCCUCCACAAGGAAGCAAGAAUUCUCCGUCAGAAUCCGGCUCUGAGCCGAUUUACGAGGAUUCCGUGUGGCCCUUUUUUUGUGCGUUAUGGACUCCUGAUCCGGGGUUUCUCGGAUCUUUUGGGAGGAAGGUGGGUGGGGGCGAGCGGUGAUCUGGCCGGGAGAUGGCCGGCGGGAAGGAGCCGAUCGAGGUCAAGUUCCGGCUGUUCGACGGCACGGACAUCGGCCCCAGCAAGUACGACCCCUCCACCACCGUCUCCGCGCUCAAGGAUUUCAUCCUCGCUCGGUGGCCGCAAGAUAAGGAAAUAAAUCCCAAAACUGUCAAUGACCUGAAGCUUAUCAAUGCUGGAAGGAUAUUGGAGAAUAACCGGACACUUGCGGAGUCCCGUGUCCCAGUAGGAGAGGUCCCGGGAGGUGUAAUUACAAUGCAUGUGGUAGUGCGCCCUCCGCAAGCUGACAAAAACACGAAGCAGCUUGCGAAUUCCCCCAAGCAGAACAGAUGUGGAUGCACCAUACUGUGAACGAUGCCUUCCUGAUUAUGUACAAUGUGUCUAGCUCUAGGAUUUUGCGUCUGCUUUUGUUGCAUCCACAAGUGCACGUGUAUUCAUUUUGACAUCCAGUUCUUGGAGCCAUUCAAACCCUAGAAUUACACAUAUAUACUUGCCUCCUGUACAGCGAAAAUAUGCUUUGGAGCCGGGAGUAGAAGAUUCUGCAUUCAUGGUGCAGUGGGAUUCUUGGUGCUGUAAAUGAGUCUGUGCAGGAGUCAAGGAUUGGAUGCUUGCUGUUGUAUAAAUUGUAAUGUGAAAACAAACAAAAAUAUCUUUUUGGUCGUUCUUUUUGUUACAUUGACAUUUUAUCGAUUCUUUUUAGCGCCGUUAUUUGUCAUGUAAAGCAUAAAUAUUGUACUCAAAUAUGUAUAUUGGGAAAAGGAGUGAUAUAUUUCUUUUUUUUU